AUGCCGUCAACCACCGCAGAAACACUGUCACUCGUCAACAGGAACGUAUCAGUAGCGCCGUUAGUGCUGCUCUCGGCGACAGAUCACUACGCCCGCUCAGCAAAGGGCACGCGCAAGCGAGUUGUCGGUGUCCUGCUGGGUCAGAAUGAUGGAAAGAACGUGAGAGUAUCAAACAGUUUCGCUGUACCAUUCGAGGAAGAUGAGAAGGACCCGUCCGUGUGGUUCCUCGACCACAACUACAUCGAAUCUAUGAACGACAUGUUCAAGAAGGUCAACGCCCGCGAGAAGCUGAUCGGAUGGUACCACACCGGCCCCAAGUUGCGCGCCUCAGAUCUGGAGAUCAACGAGCUCUUCAAGCGCUACACACCUAACCCCCUCCUUGUCAUCAUUGACGUUCAGCCCAAGGACGUUGGCGUACCAACCGAUGCUUACUUUGCUGUUGACGAGAUCAAGGACGACGGAACCACAACCGCAAAGACAUUCGUCCACACACCCUCUACCAUCGAAGCCGAAGAAGCAGAAGAAAUUGGAGUUGAGCACUUGCUCCGUGAUAUUCGUGAUGUUGCCGUCGGUACCCUCUCGACUCGUGUGACAUCGCAAUUGCAGUCGCUACAAGGCCUGCACCACCGUCUGCAAGACAUCGGCAGAUAUCUCGACAAGGUUGUUGAUGAAGAGCUUCCGGUCAACCAUGCAAUUCUCGGUAACCUCCAGGACGUCUUCAAUCUUCUUCCCAACCUCUCGACUCCCAAGACCGCAGGCCCCAUCGGUCUCGCCGGUCCUCAGGCAGCCGGCGACUCGGAGCUUGCCCGCGCCAUGAGCAUCAAGACCAACGACCAGCUUAUGUCCAUCUACCUCGGCAGUUUGAUUCGCGCCAUCACCGCCUUCCACGAUCUUAUCGAGAACAAGGUUCAGAACAAGCAACAAGCUGAUGACAAGGAGCAAAAGAAUGAAGAGGACAAGACGAAAGAGACCAUCAAGAAGACUGAGAACCUUGCGCUGAAUGGCGAUGCUCCGGCUGAGGACGACAAGUCCAAGAGCCCCAAGGACGACAAGAAGAAGGGAUGA